AUGCGCGUGCGCAGCCGCUCCUGGGGAAACCAUAGCCUUGGAAGCCCCAGCACAGUGACGGUUCCUGAAACCCUGCUGUUUGUGUCCACCCUGGACGGAAGCCUGCAUGCUGUCAGCAGGAGGACGGGCUCCAUCACGUGGACGCUGAAGGAAGAUCCGGUCCUGCAGGUCCCAACGCACAUGGAAGAGCCUGCCUUCCUCCCAGACCCAAACGACGGCAGCCUGUACACGCUUGGGGGCAAGAACAGCGAAGGCCUGACGAAACUUCCCUUCACCAUCCCGGAGCUGGUGCAGGCGUCCCCGUGCCGAAGCUCAGAUGGUAUCCUCUACAUGGGUAAAAAGCAGGACAUCUGGUAUGUCAUCGACCUCCUGACCGGCGAGAAGCAGCAGACCCUGUCGUCGGCCUUUGCGGACAGCCUCUGCCCAUCAGCCUCCCUCCUAUACCUCGGGCGCACAGAGUACACCAUCACCAUGUACGACACCAAGACCCGGGAGCUCCGCUGGAAUGCCACCUACUUUGACUAUGCAGCCUCGCCACCCGAGGAUGACGGGGCCUACAAGAUGUCUCACUUCGUGUCUAACGGCGACGGGCUGGUGGUGACUGUGGACAGCGACUCCGGGGACGUGCUGUGGAUCCAGAACUACGCCUCCCCGGUGGUGGCCUUCUACGUGUGGCAGCGGGAGGGCCUGAGGAAGGUGGUGCACGUCAACGUGGCCGUGGAGACGCUGCGCUACCUGACCUUCAUGUCCGGGGACGUGGGGCGCAUCACCAAGUGGAAGUACCCCUUCCCCAAGGAGACGGAGGCUAAGGGCAAGCUGACGCCCACCCUGUAUGUCGGGCGGUAUUCCACCAGCCUCUACGCCUCCCCCUCCAUGGUGCACGAGGGCGUGGCUGUUGUGCCCCGCGGCAGCACGCUUCCCCUGCUGGAAGGACCACAGACGGACGGCGUCACUGUCGGGGACAAGGGGGAGUGUGUGAUCACGCCGAGCACGGACCUCAAGUUCGACCCUGGCCUCAAGGGCAAGCACCGACUCCACGACCUGAGGAAUUACUGGCUGCUCAUAGGACACCACGAGACCCCCCUGUCUGCGUCCACCAAGAUGCUGGAGAGAUUUCCCAACAACCUGCCCAAACACCGGGAGAAUGUGAUUCCCGCCGAUGCCGAGAAAAAGAGCUUCGAGGAGGUCAUCCACCUGGUCGACCAGACGUCAGAGAACGCGCCCACCCCCGUGUCUCGGGACAUGGAGGAGAAGCACGUGCCUGCGCGGCCCGAGGCCCCCGUGGACUCCGUGCUCAAGGACGUGGCCACCAUUGUGCUGAGCACCUUCCUGCUGGUCGGCUGGGUGGCCUUCGCCAUCUCCUACCCCCUGGGUGUGCGCCAGCAGCGGCAGCUCCAGCAGCGGCGGUUCCAGGAAGAGCUGGAGCGGAUCCGGCACCUGCAGCCAUUCCCGGGAGACACGGCACAGGACAGCAAGCCCCAGGACACAUCGGGCACAUGCUCCGAGAGCUCGGGGGCCAGCAGCCCUGGCACAUCCCCCCGAGCCUCUGCCCACUCUCUCUGCUCUGGAGGCUCGGCCGCCAAGGCUGGCACCGGCUCCUCUCCGGAGCAGGACGACGGGGAUGAGGAAGCCAGCUUGGUGGUCGUCGGGAAGAUUUCGUUCUGCCCCAAGGAUGUCCUGGGCCACGGCGCUGAGGGCACAAUUGUGUACCGGGGCAUGUUUGACCACCGCGACGUGGCCGUGAAGAGAAUCCUGCCUGAGUGUUUCAGCUUUGCGGCCCGUGAGGUCCAGCUGCUGCGAGAGUCGGAUGAGCACCCGCACGUGAUCCGCUACUUCUGCACAGAGCGCGACCGGCAGUUCCAGUACAUCGCACUGGAGCUGUGUGCUGCUACCCUGCAGGAGUACGUGGAGCAGAAGGACUUCGCCCACCUGGGCCUGGAGCCCAUCGCGCUGCUCCAGCAGACCGCCUCAGGUCUGGCCCACCUGCACUCCCUCAACAUCGUUCACAGAGACCUGAAGCCACACAACAUUCUGCUGUCCAUGCCCAAUGCCCAUGGCAGGAUCAAGGCCAUGAUCUCUGACUUUGGCCUCUGCAAGAAGCUGGCCGUGGGCAGGCACAGCUUCAGCCGCCGCUCCGGGGUGCCCGGCACGGAGGGCUGGAUCGCCCCCGAGAUGCUGAGCGAGGACUGCAAGGAGAACCCGACCUACACGGUGGACAUCUUCUCCGCGGGCUGUGUCUUCUACUACGUGGUCUCAGAGGGCAGCCACCCUUUUGGCAAGUCCCUGCAGCGUCAGGCCAACAUCCUACUGGGCGCCUACAGCCUCGACCACUUCCACCCAGAGAAGCACGAAGACGUCGUGGCGCGAGAGCUCAUCGAGAGGAUGAUCGCCACAGACCCCCAGAUGCGGCCCUCGGCCAGGCACGUGCUCAAGCACCCCUUCUUCUGGAGCCUGGAGAAGCAGCUGCAGUUCUUCCAGGACGUGAGUGACCGGAUCGAGAAGGAAGCCCCAGAUGGCCCCAUCGUGAGGCAGCUGGAGCGCGGCGGGCGGGCCGUGGUGCGGUCCGACUGGCGGGAGAACAUCACCACGCCGCUGCAGACAGAUCUGCGCAAGUUCCGGACUUACAGAGGUGGCUCCGUCAGAGACCUCCUCCGCGCCCUGAGGAACAAGAAGCACCACUACCGCGAGCUGCCCGCCGACGUGCGUGAGACGCUGGGCGCCGUCCCCGACGACUUCGUGCGCUACUUCACGUCACGCUUUCCACUCCUGCUGUCGCACACCUAUCGCGCCAUGGAGCCCUGCGGCCACGAAAGGCUGUUCCAGCCCUACUACUGCCACGAGCCCCCGAGCCCUGGCCCCCCGUGA